UUCCCACCCAAUUGAUGGAUUAGUGCAAAAGAGGAUCGCCGCCUCCGGCGUCGUUGUUUGAGUAGAUUUGCGCUGCUGCAACCCUCUCCCCGAUCCGUGGAUGGAGGACGGAAACUCUCGCGGUGGUGAUCGGGACGACCUCGAAAUCACCUCCAUCGGCGCCCUCUACCGUGGACCGUGGGACAAGAAGUACUGGAGCGCCUCUAGGGGUAAAGAUAGAUAUCCUUACCCAGUUGGAUAUCAUGCUGUCCGAACUCAUGGUGGAAACAUGUACCGGAUGGAAAUUCAUGAAGGUGUUAAAGGCCCUCUAUUUGUGGUCACAUCAACUGAUGGAGACUCAACUGGGCAUACACCCGAUAUUGCAUGGGAAAAUUUGCAAAAGAAGAAUGGUCCCAGGGUGAAAAACCGGAAUGGAAAGAGGUUUUCUUCUAAGAUUGAUGGGGUUGAGCUUUUUGGAUUCAGAAAUCCAUUUGUUCAGCGACUGCUUCGUGAGCUUUUGGCCAAUGUAUAUGGAGUUACAGAACCAGAUUAUUUAUCCCCUCCAGUUGGCAAUGAAGCUCUUAGAUUGGAUGAUAAGAUGCACAUUCAGGACUCUCUUAAUUGUAGUGAUAUGCUUGUAUACUCAAGAAAACGUCAGACUGCAAGAAAAAGGUGUACAAUGAACAAAAAUUGUAGUAGAAUCAAUAGCAAUGCAGUCAGAGCUAAAAGGAUUCGAUGCCAACAUGCACCAAGUGAUUCUGGAGCUGGAAAUCCAGAACAACUUAAUGAGAUUUGCUCUCAUGCUGAAAUUAGAAAGAGAAAGUUUGUCAAAGAAAACAAUAUGUCCUCAUCAAGACUUCAGACUUCUCAGCUUCAGGUAUCUCAAAGUCAUCUUAGUUACUCAACAAACUGUAACACUUUUGCUUUAAGGAAUGAGACUUGCUGUCAAGCUAGUACAGAUUGUAGAUGUGACAGUAAAAAUAAGAAUAGAGAUGGAGGAGAUCUGGACAUUUUGUUAGGGCAAGCAUCUGCUGUUGGGGGAAAUUGUCAUUUCUUGCUUGCUAGAGAUGAGCUUCUGCAGGAAAUGGAAGAUCCUGAUAAUUCUAUUGAAAAACAUGUUAUAUUUGUCAGGGAGACCAAAUUUACAAGUCGAGAUCAAUUUACAAGUCGAGAUCCUCAUCUGACUUACGUGGACAAUAUUUGUGAUGCUGACAAUAACGUGCUUGAUAUAUCAUCAAAUGGUAGACUGAGGCAAUUGGAACUUCCAUCAGAAAAAGUAGUCUCAUCAUCAGAUGAUGCUACUUUAAAAGAACUUAUUAAAGAUUCACUUCCAGAAGCUGUCUCAUCAUCAGGUUCCUCAAAUCCUAGUUUGAACUUAGCAGACCAGGAACUGGCAAAGUCUAUGAUGACUUUUCUGCUUCCUCGAGCCGUUCCCCUUCUUGAGAAGACUUGUGUGAAAGGGAAGACACGUUGUCGGAGUCAGGAAGUAAAGGUUGAUCAAGAUAAAGUAGGAAGUGAGCACUUCAAUGGCAACAUGCUUCAAGGAGAGUUUGAAGCUGGCAUGCUUUUGAGUGAUACAGAAGAAAAUUUUACCGAGAGAUUGAGCGACCCAAUAUUGGUGUCAGGUGUUAAUUGUCAAUACCAGAUGAAAAAAAUGGAACAAUUUGAUAGAAGAAUAUAUUUGGAUGAUGCAGAGCAUAUGAUUCCAGAUAGCUUUGAGAAUGAUUGCACUGUCCAUAUAAAGAAACAUUCAACUAUGGCUUAUGGAAUUGACUGUACAGCUUCUGAUAUAACCAGAGAAACAAUGAUCACUGCAAAACCUGUUAUUGCUGAAGCAGAGAAGGUACAAGUCCCUUCUGAUUCUGAUAAAGUAGUUAUGAUGCCUAAGGAAACUGAGAAGGGUGAGUACUUGUUAACUGAUUCUCUUGAACACUGUUUGGAAGAAGCACUCAAUGAUGAUCUCUUUGUCCGGAAAGAAAAUGUUUCAGAUGCUUCCUGCAGUUUAGGUGCUUGUGUUGAUCAUGAGUUGCAAUACUUGAAUCCUCUAAAUACUGGAAAUGGAGAAGAUGUCCUAGAAGAAAUGGUCAUACCUGAAAAAGGGCCUCAUUAUAGUAGUUUUGGAAAAGGUAAAAUUGACUGUCUUGAGCAAUGUCCUUCUGCUGUAAAUUCUAAUUCUAACUUGGGGGAGAGAAGAACUUCCAUGGUAGUUAUAAAAGAAUCUUCUCACAUCAAUGAGAUCCCAAACAAAGAACUCCAAAGUUCAUCCUCGGAUAAGCCGGUUGAAUCUAAAAUUCACAAUAUUACUGACCACAAAGAUUGUAAGCUUAGGGACCAAAUAAGUGCUGUUCAUACAUUUCCAUUAGGUAACAGUGAGUCAGUGGCUAACUUGAAGGGAGAUUCUGCUUCUUUCUUUCAUAUGCCAAACAUAAUACUUUCAACUGAAGGGCAGCAACCUUCCAGUUUCAAUAUAGGGAAGCUUUUGAAUCCAUCUCAUUUUUCUGGCAAUUGCAAUGUUCUUUCAGAAAGUAUAAUAUGCAGAAAUUAUAUGGAUGAUGAUGCCACUGAGACAUACUUGACUCCAAGGAUAUCAGAAAUGGCAGAAAGUACAAAAACCAGGAUGAUAAGUAGUAAAUCAAAUUUGAGGCUGGUUUCUCAAGCCCAUGAUUUGGAUACGUAUGUCAAUGCCAACAUAAAAAGCUCUAAAGUUGGUGAUCCUUCUACAUUAUGUGCUGAGAGGACCGCAGAUUUUAUGAAUAAGCUUCAGUCAUCCACCCAUCUUUGGCUACCACCAUAUCAGGAGUGCGUAAAAGAUGUGCAUAAUGAAAGCAGAGUUGUUCUUGAAGAUUUAACUUUUUCAGUUAAAAAUCCAACCAUGAGGGUGACUGUAGAUGAAGAAAGUAAUAAUUUUUUUGAUAAACAACACAAGCAGAAUGGUCAGCUGGAUGGUUGUUCAUUUGAAUCAAAUCAAGAGUUGGGUGGACCUUUUGAGCUUGCAGGCUGUUAUAUGCACCCAGAACCAGUCCUGUCUAUAUUCUUAAGCUCAAAGGAAAAUACUUUACAAAUUUCUGUGACUUGUGGCCUUCAAGAAAGCAAUGAAAGAAACCUUUUCAUAUACACAAUUUCUCUUAAAGAUCAGGGAGGAAACUGCCCAUCUUUUAUUGGGUAUACACCCCUGCUGCUGCCUCUCCUUACAGGACCUUCAAUUCAAAGGACAGCAUUUGAUACAUCUGGGUUACAGUUCACGCCUGACAGCCAGUCCCUUGUUUUUCUUAGUAGUAUCAAAGUACCUCUUUGCAGUGAACGAAAUAUCAACUGCUCAUGCCCAACAUGCGAAUCUGAUUGUCAUGAAGAAAAUGCUGUACGAGUUGGACAAGUAAACUUUGGGUAUGUCUUACCAUUGGCCAAAUUGAUGACAACAGAGAGAGUGUCCUGCAUUUUAGUUUGUGAACCUAAUUAUCUAAUAGCUGCUGAAGCGAGUGGGACAUUGCAUGUCUGGCUGAUGAACUGCAAGUGGAGUGGAGCUUUUGAGGAGUUUGUGCUACCUAGUUUUGAUCACUUAACACCAGCAAUAGAGCUGAAAAUGGUAGCAAAGAGUGACUCCAUUAUUGUUGGUCAUAAUGGCACUGGUGGAUUUGGCUUAUGGGACGUCUCAAAGCGUGCUCUCCUGGCUAUGUUUUCAUCCCCAGGCAAUUUGAUAUUUCAGAUGCUUCCAAUUGGUAUCUUCGGCUUUAAAGACGAGACAAUUUUUUCAGCUGCUCAGGAGAUGGAGCACAUGCAAGAGAUACUGAAGGCAAAUGAUUGGGUUACCGAACAUGCUGCAAAUCCAUUGCCAUUGAGACAAGAUAUAGCCGUUUGGAUACUAGUUUCUGCUGCUUCAGAUUUAGAAGAUCAAGUGGCUUAUCAGUUGAAGGAACCAAACAGACAUCCGGACAGAUGGUGGAGACUAGCUCUUUUACUGAAAAAUAUGGUAAUCAUGGGGAGUGUGUUGGAUCCUAGAGCUUCUUCUGCCGUUGCCUCUGCUGAUUAUGGGAUUAUUGGCACAUAUGAUGGUCUCGUGUACAAGUGGGAAUUAUCUACAGGGAAGAAGUUGGCCAAUUUGAUCUCUCUAAAAUCAAUGGGAAGCAUCUUGUGUGCGUCAAUCGAAUCCAAAUCUGGUGUACUGGCGGUAGCUGAUGACAAAUGCAGGUUACUGAUUUUUAAACAACCACAAGUGAUGAAGGUUCAAGAUUUAGUCAUCUGAAGACAUCCUUCAGUCUGGAAGAGUGAUGCACUCUGCCGGCUUUAUGGCUCAAAAUAAUUCAAGAGGAACUUUCAUUUGGAUAACACGAGGGCUUGACAUGCUUGUCAAUCCAGUAGAUCCAUGAUCUUUUCAACAUGCAUUGAUGGCUAUCUUUACCUAGGGUACUACUGUCCGGGUGCCAGUCACUGCUUCAAACAUGAGAUCCACAAAUCCACAACAUCUACCACAAUUCAAGUUUUAGAAACUUGAUCUUGUGAUUCCGAGGGCCCGUGGCAUGGUCCAUGGUUCGUGCUUCCCUACCUGUAGACUACUAAAGGAUACAGCCGAAGGGCCUUCUCUCAGUAGUCACAACGUUUCACCUGGGACGUUACAUUUACUGUGUACAUAGCAUCAUUUUGAUCUUAAGGAAAAAAAAACCAUUAUAGGAAUAUCAUAUCUUCCCGUCGUUUUUUGCUCCGAAGGUUUACUGUUUACUG